AUGUCUCCCUUCUCGCUGGCGCUGGCAAGAGGGGAACCAGUGCAAAUCCACAGCCUGCAGGUUCCCAGCCCCCCCGAAUCGCGGCGGGGGGGCGAAGUUUUGCCCGCGACAGAAGAAAAGUUUUUUUCUGCGCCUUUGGAGCAUGCUCCGACGGAACCGCCUCCCCCGCCUCGCUGCUCUCAGGGGGGAGGUGAGUUGGCUCCACCGCCCGAGCCGGAGCCGCGGGCCCCACCCCAACCCGCCCCGCAGGAGGUGCCAGUCCCCGCGGCCCCUCCCGCGGCACCGCCUCAGCCCGGACCGGACCCGUCGCCUCCAGCGGAGUUUGUCGGCGUUCCCGUGGCAGAAGCACCGCCUCCCGGGGCUUCGCCCGAGUUGCUAGGCGACACACUCGACAGCAAUCGCCAAGAGCUCGCGACUGCGCUGCCGCUCCCGAAGCAAAGUGAGACAACAGUGCAGGCGGCACCGGUGGGCGCCGGCCCCGCGCCCCUGCCGCCCCCCGCGGCUGUCCCGCCGCCUCCCGUGUCGGCUCCGCCGGCUUUGCUGUCUGCGCCCGCGCUGCAGCUUCCGGUACCCGGAGAAGACGCGGCUGCUGUCCCCAGCCCGGCGGGGGUCGAUGCCGCGCUGCCCGCGCCGGUCGAAUCCGCGUUCGACCCUCCAGCAGAGCCCGUGAGGGCUCCGAGCGCGGCGGCUCCGCCUUUGCCUGCCACGCCAGUGGAGGAGGCUGAGGUUGAGAACCACCAAACAGAACCAUCAUUGGAGUCGCCCGUGGCCCCGCCGCUCCCCGCGGCGGCCACCGCGGCGCCUGCGAUCAGCCUGGAUUCCCCCCCGAGCUUUUCGGGCUGUCCCGAGGCUGCCCCUGCGGGGGGAGCUGGGACAGGGGAAGGGGAUGCCGGCCUGCCCCUCCGUGGGGGGGUUGUGGCUCGACAGCUGAUUGCGGGCUCAGCCCGUCAGCCUGCUUUCAAACUCAGCGUUUUUCUUUUGAAACGGAAAGCGUCUGCAUAUCAGUGGAUUUCGGAUUGCCGAGGUAUGUCUCCCUUCUCGCUGGCGCUGGCAAGAGGGGAACCAGUGCAAAUCCACAGCCUGCAGGUUCCCAGCCCCCCCGAAUCGCGGCGGGGGGGCGAAGUUUUGCCCGCGACAGAAGAAAAGUUUUUUUCUGCGCCUUUGGAGCAUGCUCCGACGGAACCGCCUCCCCCGCCUCGCUGCUCUCAGGGGGGAGGUGAGUUGGCUCCACCGCCCGAGCCGGAGCCGCGGGCCCCACCCCAACCCGCCCCGCAGGAGGUGCCAGUCCCCGCGGCCCCUCCCGCGGCACCGCCUCAGCCCGGACCGGACCCGUCGCCUCCAGCGGAGUUUGUCGGCGUUCCCGUGGCAGAAGCACCGCCUCCCGGGGCUUCGCCCGAGUUGCUAGGCGACACACUCGACAGCAAUCGCCAAGAGCUCGCGACUGCGCUGCCGCUCCCGAAGCAAAGUGAGACAACAGUGCAGGCGGCACCGGUGGGCGCCGGCCCCGCGCCCCUGCCGCCCCCCGCGGCUGUCCCGCCGCCUCCCGUGUCGGCUCCGCCGGCUUUGCUGUCUGCGCCCGCGCUGCAGCUUCCGGUACCCGGAGAAGACGCGGCUGCUGUCCCCAGCCCGGCGGGGGUCGAUGCCGCGCUGCCCGCGCCGGUCGAAUCCGCGUUCGACCCUCCAGCAGAGCCCGUGAGGGCUCCGAGCGCGGCGGCUCCGCCUUUGCCUGCCACGCCAGUGGAGGAGGCUGAGGUUGAGAACCACCAAACAGAACCAUCAUUGGAGUCGCCCGUGGCCCCGCCGCUCCCCGCGGCGGCCACCGCGGCGCCUGCGAUCAGCCUGGAUUCCCCCCCGAGCUUUUCGGGCUGUCCCGAGGCUGCCCCUGCGGGGGGAGCUGGGACAGGGGAAGGGGAUGCCGGCCUGCCCCUCCGUGGGGGGGUUGUGGCUCGACAGCUGAUUGCGGGCUCAGCCCGUCAGCCUGCUUUCAAACUCAGCGUUUUUCGUGAAGAAUUUCCCUGA